UUCUCCAAAACAACAACCCACCACAUCACCAUGGCCGACGGUGAAGAAGAUUUCAGCGCCCUACCGCUACCCGAUCGUUUCGUUCACAAGAACUGGAAAGUCCGGAAAGAAGGUUACGAAGCCGCCGCCAAAGAAUUCGACCUCGCCGCCAGCGAAUCAGACCCCGUCGUGCGCCAGUUUAUACAAGAUGCCGGCAUAUGGAAAGGUGUCGUAGGCGAUUCCAACGUCGCCGCACAACAAGAAGGCCUCAAGGCUUUGUGCUCCUUCCUUCAGAUUGCCGGCGCCGCCGGUUCAACACGAACACGAAACCACACAGUAGCUACCAUCGCAGAGAAGGGUCUUCCCUCGACGAGACCGGCCGCAAAACAGAGCGCACUCGAAGCCCUGAUGCUGUAUAUCGAAACUGACAAACCCGACCCCGUUAUCGAAGAGCUGCUACCCAUCCUCUCCCACAAGCAACCCAAAGUCAUCGCAGCCACCCUCGACGCUUUGACCCAAAUAUAUCACGCAUAUGGCUGCAAAACCAUAGAGCCGAAGCCUGUGCUCAAGGCCCUACCAAAGGUCUAUGGCCAUGCAGACAAGAAUGUGCGCGCAAAGGCACAGGAGCUGACCGUCGAAUUCUACCGAUGGCUAAAGGAUGCCAUGAAACCCCUGUUCUGGGGUGAUCUGAAGCCCGUCCAGCAAACCGACUUGGAUAAGCUGUUCGAAAAAGUCAAAGACGAGCCUCCACCCAAGCAAGAGCGUUUACUGCGAUCACAACAGGCUGCUAAGGAAGCCGCUGCCGCUGCCCCUGGUGCAGAUGACGAGGAAGAAGGAGACGAAGAAGAGGAAGCCAUUGAUUUGGAACCAGAGUACGAGGCUGUCGACGUUCUCCCCAAGAUACCCAAAGACUACACGGAGCGGUUGGCUUCAUCCAAGUGGAAAGACCGUAAAGAUGUGUUGGAUGAAGUGCACAAGAUUCUCAGUGUUCCCAAAAUCGCCGAGGGUCCAUUUGAUGAGCUGCUUCGGGGCUUUGCUAAAAGCAUGAAGGACGCCAAUAUUGCCGUGGUCAUUACAGCCGCCAACUGCGUCGAAUUACUCGCCAAGGGCUUGAAGAAGAGUUUUGGCAAAUACCGGUCUACCAUCAUGGCACCCAUGAUGGAGCGUCUCAAGGAGAAAAAAGCGACCGUCACCGACGCUAUUGGCGCUGCUUUAGAUGCUGUUUUUGCUUCUACUUCUUUCCAAGACUGUCUGGAGGAGAUUGUCGAAUUUUUGAAGCACAAGAAUCCUCAAGUCAAACUGCAGUCAACACUAUUUCUUGUACGAUGCUUAAAGACAACGAGGGAAGCGCCCUCGCCUCCGGAGGUCAAAACGAUUGCCGAGGCAUCCACCAAACUACUCACCGAAUCCCAGGAGGUCCAGCGUUCUGCUGGUGCUGAAGUUCUAGGCACGCUGUGGAAAAUUAUGGGUGAUCGCCCCAUGAAUGCUCAUUUGGACGGUUUGGACGAUAUUCGAAAAGCCAAGAUCAAGGAAUUUCACGACUCCGCAGAGGUCAAGGCGAAAUACAAGCCAAAAGCCGCGGCACCACCCAAGCCUGCCCCUACUGCUGCACCGGCUGGAAAGAGGCCAGUAGGUAAGCGACCCGCUCUUGGAGCAAAGAAGCCCACACCAGCGCCAGCGGCAGCAGCACCCCCUCCUCCUCCUGUAGAAGAACCGGCUGCUCCAUUAGCCCCAAAGCCUACGUCGCGGCCAGGUGUCUCCAAGUUGGCUGGACCAAAAUCACGCCUCGGAGGUCUCAAGAAGCCAGGUUCUGGAAUCGCUGCUCCUCCAGCUGCUGGCGCCUCACCGCGUCGCCCCGUCGUCUCGCCGCCUCCUGAGGAAGUUGCGCCACCUCCAGCUGCCCCUAAACUUGGACUCGGGAGGGGGCUGGCAGGGCGACCUCUUGGAAAACCACAAGCGGAACCUGCAACGCUCGCACCCGCUGUACAAGUGCCAAGUGGCCUUGGCCUUGUGGAACGAGCAGAGCUCGAGGAGCUACGAGCGGAAGUGGAAAGGUUACGGAGGCAAAACGAGGAGAUGCGCUCGGAGCGGACAAAACUCACGUCCCAAGUACACGAGCUGCAAAACCAGAAUGCCCAGCUUAUUGAAGACCACACUAGAGAUGUACUUUCCAUCAAAGCCAAGGAAACACAGCUGGUACGAGCCCGUUCCGACUUUGAAGCUGCGGAACAGACUGUGCAGAACCAGCGACGCGAGGUAGACCGCUUGAAGCGCGAGCUCAGCCGGCAAGUCCGUGCCACGUCGCCGCCUCCCACGGAUCUCUCAGACCAAAUUUACGCCGACACGAAUGGUGGAGGCCGCCUGGGAGACUCUGGAUAUGGAGGUCAGGGCAUCUACAACAAGAGAGAGCGCCUUGCAAGCGGGCCUACAAGCCCAAUCAGUGAAGGAGCCAAUUCGGCACAGUCGUCGAUGUCUUCUCGAGGUGGGGGUCGCAUCAGCCCUGCAGAAAGCAACAGCAUGGGAACUCGGAUCGGAGGCACGCAAGCGACUGCAGGUGCCGAGAGCUGGAAACGGGCGGCAGAGGUCACCCAGAACCUGAAGCAGCGUAUAGAGAUGAUGAAGGCAAAACAGGGUCUCGGAAGACAACAGCAAUAA